AUGGCGACUGCGCAAGAGCAAGAAGAGCCAAGGGUCCGAUCCUUCCAGGACUCUGCGGUCCGAACGGAUGAAUCAUCCAAGAGCGGUUGGUAUCUGUUUUUGCUGACGGUGUCUAUAGGAGGUCUACAGGUUGUAUGGUCGGUUGAGUUGUCAAAUGGAUCGGUCGCCCUACAGCCUUUCUUGCUCUCCCUCGGGAUGAGCAAGUCUCUCCUUGCGGUCGUUUGGGUCAUUGGGCCGCUGACCGGCACCUUGGUGCAGCCUUAUAUCGGCAUUCGCAGUGAUAACUGCCGUUUACCAUGGGGCAAGAGGAAGCCAUUCAUGGUGGUGGGCGCCGCCGCCACGGUGGUAUCGCUGCUUUGUCUUGCUUGGGUACGUGAGAUUGUGGGCGGUACUCUAUCGAUAUUUGGCAUCGAUAGAGAAUCUAGCGGCACGAAAUGGACGACCAUUGCUGUCGCCACUAUCGUGAUGUUCUGUCUUGAUUUUGCCAUCAAUACCGUACAGGCAGCAAUUAGAGCAUUCAUUGUCGAUAAUUGCCCUGCUCAUCAACAGGAGCUAGCCAACGCUUGGGCUAGCCGAGUCACAGGGAUUGGCAAUAUGUUAGGAUUUAGCUUUGGUUAUAUGGAUCUACCAGCGAUUCUACCGUUCUUGGGAAAUACGCAGUUCAAAGUCCUUUGUGCAUUGGCUUCUUUCUCCCUCAUCUUCACCUUACUAGCCAGCUGUCUCUACAUUCAGGAGCGCGAUCCCAGACUCGAGGGGCCCCCUUCUUCAGAUGGCCUCGGUCUCGUUUCCUUCUUCCGCCAGGUGUUCAAAUCUAUUCAGAAUCUACCGCCGCAGAUUGCACGCGUCUGUGAGGUACAGGUGGCUGCAUGGGUAGGCUGGUUCCCAUUCCUGUUCUAUUCAACGACGUAUGUUGGUCAAUUGUACGUCAAUCCUAUCUUUGCAGACCAUCCCGAUAUGUCGGGUGAUCAGAUCGACAAGAUCUGGGAGGACGCCACUCGAAUCGGGACUUCUGCUCUCCUCAUAUACGCUAUCAUCUCGUUCCUGGCGAAUAUCCUCAUGCCGCUCUUCGUGGUUCCUACGUAUGGACAAGUCUCGGAGACCAGUGCCCCGCUGGCACAGGGUGUGGCACAUGACAAUGGGGAAGAAAACGAUGAAGAAGAUGAAGAAGAAGAAGCACCUCGGCGGCUAUCAAUUUCUAGCAUUCCAGUCGGCACUGCUGCAGACCCACUGCUUGAGGUAGGCGCUGGAAAACGUAUUGGAGCAGACGGGAAACCGACUUGGCUUUCGCGGCUGCAGAUUCCCGGCUUGACUUUGCGUCGGACAUGGCUCCUUUCACAUCUUCUCUUCGCACUAUGCAUGUUCAGUACUUUAUUCAUCUCCUCCUAUCCUGCUGGAUCAGUGGUUAUCGGCAUUGUCGGUAUUUGCUGGGCCUUGGCGCUAUGGGCGCCGUUCGCUUUGAUUUCCGCCGAAGUCGCCCGCUUUGAUGUGACCCGGCAUACACAUCCGGACCAGUCGGGGGCAUCUAGUUCGGGCCAAGCUCGCACUGGAGGCUACGAUACCACCUCUAGCUCAUAUGUGCCGGUGUCCAGCGAGGAUGAGCCGCGGGAUCUCGAAGACCGUGGCCGCGAACAUGAUGUCGAAGACGGCCGGGCAAAAUACUCGGCACACUCCGAGGCAAAUAUUGCGCAAGCGGGAAUUGUCUUAGGUCUACAUAAUAUGGCCGUCUCCUUUCCUCAGAUUUUCUCUAGCCUAAUCUGCAGUGCUAUUUUCAAAGUCACGCAGAAACCACGCGGUGAACCUUGGGAUGACAGCGUGGGAUGGGUUCUCCGAUUUGGCGGAUGUGCUGCGUUGGCCGCAGCGUGGUUGACGAAGAGACUAGCGGAGGGCAGACAGGCGUAG